UUAUGAAAUUUGGGUCAAUAAAUUAUGACCAUUAGCCAUGAGCUCAUUGAUGAGGUUGUUGUAGUAGUUUACUCCUUCAUGGUUUACACCUGCACUAAGUUUUCCUUCUGCAAAUGAUUUAUAAGAAAUUAAUAAUAGUUACUAUGGAACACAAACUAAGGAAAAAAAAUUAUUUGGGUGGAAUUUCAAUAAAACUUGACCUACUCGGUAGUACCCUAGACCAUGAAAUGGAAAAUCUAUAAGCAUCCAAAUUCAUAUACUUCAUGAUUCCAAUAUCCUCCUAAAACAGGUGGACCAGUCUAUCAUGAGUCUACAUAUCAAUUAUAUUCUUUAUUCAUAUGAAAACUACUUCUAAAAUACUACUAUUGAAACCAUAUAUACCUUAUACCGAUGAUAUGAGUCGUCUGCUACAUCUCCAUUACUUACAUUUUUUAUUUUUUCUGCAUGCCAUAAGUGGAAAUUAUACAUUAAAACGGGCAAUUUACAGUCAAACCCUGUUGAUGAUGAAUCUUUCGAUGCUUUCGUUGACCAGUAGCAUAUGCAUUGAUUGUUCUGUGAAACAAAUGGACAUAACUCCCAUCUUUCUUAGCACCUGAAAAACAAAAUAGACAAAUCUCACCUGGAAGAUUUUCCGGAUGUGUGUAGCAAAUUCCUUGGUCUCCUUCCAGUGUUGGGAUGAACUCAUUGAUAAACAUGUAGCUGAAGAUAGAGUAGUGCUUUUCACUUUCUUUGCAAAUCCUCCAAUGUCAAUAAGCCAGCUCCUGUAG